GCAAGGCCCCGGGCGGGCGGGGAGGAUAUGGGGUGGCAGUGGCGGCGGCGGCGGCUUCUGGAGGCGGGCGUGGACGAGCCGGCGGCCGCAGCAGCGGCGGUCCCCGGAGUCCUGUGAAGCGCCCCUGUCCGCGCGGCUGUGGGGCCCUCGGAGAGGGCUGCCAGGACGCGAGCCACUGAGGAGCCGCUCAGCCAGCGCCACAGCCUUUAGGAUUAUCGGUCCCAUCCUCGCGCUCCUGCUCCGGCUCCUCCAUCUUGGCGUCGGCAGUGGCGGCUGCCGGGAGGAUGUGCCGCCUUCUGACAGGGGGAAGAAGGAGGAGAAGAUGAAGAAGCACCGGCGGGCCUUGGCCCUGGUCUCCUGCCUCUUUCUGUGCUCUCUGGUCUGGCUUCCCAGCUGGCGUGUAUGUUGUAAAGAGAGUUCUUCAGCUUCAGCGUCAUCGUAUUACUCUCAAGAUGACAACUGUGCGCUAGAAAAUGAAGAUGUACAAUUCCCGAAAAAGGAUGAAAGAGAAGGACCUAUCAAUGCUGAAUCAUUGGGAAAAUCAGGUUCAAAUUUACCUGUUUCUCCAGAAGAACAUAAAUUAAAAGAUGACUCUAUUGUGGAUGUACAAAAUACAGAGUCAAAAAAGUUAAGUCCACCCGUGGUGGAGACACUCCCUACAGUUGAUUUGCAUGAAGAGUCUUCCAGUGCAGUUGUGGACAGUGAAACUGUUGAAAAUAUUUCCAGCUCAUCUACCUCAGAAAUCACUCCAAUCUCAAAGCUUGAUGAAAUAGAAAAAUCUGGUACUAUUCCUGUAGCCAAACCAAGUGAAACCGAGCAGUCUGAAACUGAUUGUGAUGUUGGUGAGGCCCUUGAUGCUAGUGCUCCAAUUGAACAACCUUCCUUUGUCAGUCCACCUGACAGCCUUGUUGGCCAGCAUAUAGAAAAUGUAUCAUCUUCACAUGGUAAAGGAAAGAUAACAAAAUCAGAAUUUGAAUCAAAAGUUUCAGCAAGUGAACAGGAUGGUGGUGAUCAAAAAUCUGCAUUGAAUGCUUCAGAUAAUGUAAAAAAUGAGAGCUCUGAUUAUACAAAACCAGGAGACAUUGACCCUACAUCUGUAACAAGUCCCAAAGAUCCGGAAGAUAUACCAACAUUUGAUGAAUGGAAGAAGAAAGUUAUGGAAGUAGAAAAAGAAAAAAGUCAGUCAAUGCAUCCAUCUUCUAAUGGAGGUUCACAUGCCACCAAAAAGGUCCAGAAAAAUCGAAAUAAUUAUGCCUCAGUAGAAUGCGGUGCCAAAAUUCUAGCAGCUAAUCCAGAAGCCAAGAGCACAUCUGCUAUUCUUAUAGAAAAUAUGGAUCUUUAUAUGUUGAAUCCUUGCAGCACUAAAAUUUGGUUUGUUAUUGAACUUUGUGAACCAAUUCAAGUAAAGCAGCUUGAUAUUGCAAAUUAUGAAUUAUUUUCUUCUACUCCUAAAGAUUUUCUGGUUUCUAUCAGUGACAGAUAUCCAACAAAUAAGUGGAUUAAGCUGGGUACUUUUCAUGGUAGAGAUGAGCGGAAUGUACAGAGUUUCCCUUUAGAUGAACAGAUGUAUGCAAAAUAUGUCAAGAUGUUCAUCAAGUACAUAAAGGUUGAGUUGGUAUCACAUUUUGGAUCAGAGCACUUUUGUCCAUUAAGCCUUAUAAGGGUAUUUGGCACUAGCAUGGUGGAAGAAUAUGAAGAAAUUGCUGAUUCCCAGUAUCACUCAGAACGCCAGGAACUAUUUGAUGAGGACUAUGAUUAUCCACUGGAUUAUAAUACUGGAGAGGAUAAAUCCUCAAAAAAUCUUCUUGGUUCUGCUACAAAUGCCAUUCUAAAUAUGGUGAAUAUUGCUGCUAAUAUUCUGGGAGCAAAAACUGAAGACCUGACAGAAGGAAAUAAAAGUAUAUCUGAGAAUGCCACUGCCACAGCUGCACCUAAAAUGCCUGAAUCAACUCCUGUUUCAACUCCUGUUCCAUCUCCUGCGUAUGUAACCACUGAAGUAGACACAAAUGACAUGGAGCUGUCAACACCAGAUACUCCAAAAGAGAGUCCCAUUGUACAAUUAGUUCAAGAGGAGGAAGAGGAGGCAAGUCCAUCUACAGUGACCCUUCUGGGCAGCGGUGAACAGGAAGAUGAAUCAUCACCCUGGUUUGAGUCAGAGACACAAAUAUUUUGCAGUGAACUGACCACAAUUUGUUGUAUUUCUAGUUUUUCGGAAUACAUAUAUAAAUGGUGUUCAGUUAGAGUUGCUCUUUAUUGGCAGCGCAGCAGAACUGCUUUGAGUAAAGGAAAAGAUUAUCUUGUGUCAGCUCAACCACCCUUACUACCUGCAGAAUCAGUAGAUAUUUCGGUAUUGCAACCUCUGAGUGGAGAAUUGGAAAAUAAGAAUAUAGAAAGGGAAGCUGAAACUGUUGUUGUUGGUGAUUUAAGUAGUAGUAUGCACCAAGAUGACUUGGUGAAUCACACUGUAGAUGCAGUUGAACUUGAACCAAGCCAUUCUCAAACUCUUUCUCAGUCUCUUCUUUUAGAUAUUACCCCAGAAAUCAAUCCCUUACCUAAAAUAGAAGUAUCUGAAUCUGUUGAAUAUGAGGCAGGACAUAUACCGUCACAAGUGAUUCCCCAAGAGAGUUCUGUUGAGAUUGAUAAUGAAGCAGAACAGAAGUCUGAGAGCUUUAGUUCUAUUGAGAAACCAUCUGUUACCUAUGAAACAAAUAAAGUUAAUGAGGUAGUGGAUAAUAUUAUAAAAGAAGAUGUGAACUCCAUGCAAAUUUUCACAAAGCUGUCUGAAACAAUAGUGCCACCAAUAAAUACAGCCACUGUACCCGACAAUGAAGAUGGGGAAGCCAAAAUGAAUGUAGCUGACACAGCAAAGCAAACUUUGAUUUCUGUUGUGGAUUCUUCUUCAUUACCUGAAGUAAAAGAAGAAGAACAGUCUCCAGAAGAUGCCCUUUUGAGAGGGUUACAGAGGACAGCUACAGAUUUUUAUGCUGAAUUGCAAAAUUCUACAGAUCUAGGAUAUGCUAAUGGAAAUCUUGUACAUGGAUCAAACCAAAAGGAGUCAGUAUUUAUGAGACUUAAUAAUCGUAUUAAAGCCUUAGAAGUUAACAUGUCUCUCAGUGGUCGCUAUCUGGAGGAGCUUAGCCAAAGGUACCGAAAACAAAUGGAAGAAAUGCAAAAGGCUUUCAAUAAAACAAUUGUAAAACUUCAGAAUACUUCAAGAAUAGCAGAGGAGCAGGAUCAGCGGCAAACUGAAGCCAUCCAGUUGCUACAGGCACAGCUGACCAACAUGACACAGCUUGUUUCAAAUUUAUCAGCAACAGUAGCAGAAUUGAAACGGGAGGUUUCAGAUCGACAGAGCUAUCUUGUCAUAUCUUUGGUUCUUUGUGUUGUCUUGGGACUGAUGCUUUGUAUGCAGCGUUGUCGAAACACUUCUCAAUUUGAUGGAGAUUAUAUUUCAAAACUUCCUAAAAGUAAUCAGUAUCCGAGCCCUAAAAGGUGCUUCUCUUCCUAUGAUGACAUGAAUUUGAAAAGAAGAACUUCAUUCCCGCUCAUGAGAUCCAAGUCUCUACAGUUAACUGGCAAAGAAGAAAGGGAUGUUUGAGAAAGUUCAACAGAUAUGGAAAACCUGAAUGUGCUCCCAUAGCAUCCUGUGCUUUUCUGCCUUCUCUUCUUAUACAGGUAGGACCCCUUUUGUCUCUAGUUUAGGACUAUGAGGCACUUUCUGAACAAAAAUCUGGUCUCUUUUUUUAGCCCCAGAACCUAUAAUUAGGUUCCAUUGUCUAAUGCUAAAUAAAUACUUACAUUUAAAUGACUGGAUGUGUACUGAGUGGAUAUUUUCCUAUUUCAGUAUCUUGUAAUUAAUGCUUAUUAAGAGAAUUAGGAAUUUGUUGUCAUACUAAUAUUAAAAUAACUAAAUUACAUAUUUAGGAGUGCUUUCUUAAUAAUCAUUGGUUGUAGGAUUUAGUAACUGAGUGGCAUGUUUCAAUUGAUUAAAUUAUUCAAGUAAUCAUUCCUGGGCUUCACUGGUUUAUUAUUAUCACAAAGUUUUACAGACUUAACCCAUUACAUGUGUGUUUACUUAAGGCUAGUAAAUCUCUUCUUCCUUCUUGCUUUUUUCUUUUUCUUUUGGUUGACAUGUCUUUUUAUAAGUGAAAUUUUUAAUUUAAGUAUUACAUACAAGAAAGUAUAAUUAUAUGUGAAACUUAAUGAAUUUUCACAAACUGAAUACAGCUGUGCAAAUAACACCUAAAUUAAGAAGUAGAACAUUAGCACCUCAAAAACUUACUUGUGCUCUUUUAGUCACUGCCCAUCCUUUCCCAAAAUAGCCAGUAUUUUGAUGUCUAACCAUUGUGAUAUUCACCAUGCCAUUGACUAUAGUCAUUUGUUUAGUUUUUUUCCUUACAGUAUUCCAUUAUAUACAUAUACUGUACAUCAUUCAUUUACAUUUAGAUUAUUUUCAUUUUGAGGUUGUUACAUACUUUUGGUAAACACCUGUGCAUUUCUGUUAGGUAUACACUGGAAAUGGGAUUGGUGGAUCAUAGGAUAUGUGUGUGUUCAGUUUUAGUAGAUACUGUCAUACGGUUUUCCACACUGUUUUAUGAAUUUUCCCUUCUAUCAGCUGCAUAUGAGACUUACAGUUACUCCAUAUUCUAAGACAUUCCUUAUAUGAGGUGUACCCGUGCAAUUAGAAAAUACAUUAGAUUUUUACUUCUCAGCAUUUCUAGUCUUGAGUGAAAUCAUGACUAUCUUACAAUUUCUCUUCUCUUUAUCCAAUUUUUUAGGGCCAAACAGAUUAGCUUUUUGCACCUGAUAAUAGAAUUACUUCUAUUUUAAACAACAGUGUCAUCUUGGUGUAUCUUUACCAGUAAAGAAAGUUGAGUAGAGUACGUAGGAGACUGACUUUAGUCCUGAUUCUACCAGUAGUUAAUUCAUUUAUUUCUUCUAUUGUUGGAUAAGUUUUCUUGUUAUGGCACUUAUCAUAGUAUGCUUUGAUUUUACCUAUUUUUACUUGUCUUAUUUUACCUCUAAGCUCUGUGGGAGAGACCGUGUCUUUUUCUUAUUGUGAUAAAAAUCACAUAAAAUUUAUCAUUUUAACAAUUUUUAAGUGCACAGUUCAUUAAGUAUAUUUACAUUGUUUUGAAACAGAUCUUCAGAAUGUUUUUGUCUUGCAAACCUUAACUGUGUCCAUUAACCAAUUCCCCUUUUCUCCUUUCCUCAGUUCCUGGCAACCACUAUUCUAUUUUCUGUUUCUGUGAAUUCAGCUACUUCAGAUACCCCAUAUAAGUGAACUCAUACAGUAUUUUUCUUUCUGUGAUUGGCUUGUUUCACUCAACAUAAUGUCCUCAAGGUUCAUCUGUAUUAUAGCAUGUGAUAGAAUUUUUUUCCUCUUAAAGGGUGAAUAAUAUUCAAUCUGUGGUAUUUAUAUACCUCAUUUCCUUUAUCCAUUCAUCUGUAAGUGGACAUUUGGAUUGCUUCCCCUCUUGGCUGUUGUGUGAGUAGUGCUGUUCAGGGGUAUACAAAUAUUUCUUUGCCCAUUUUUUAGUUGGAUUGUUUGAUUUUUUUGUUUUUAAGUUCAGGGAAUUCUUUAUAACCUCCAUUCUGGAUUAUAACCGUCAUUAGAUAAUAUGAUUUGCGAAUAUUUUCUUUCAUCCUUUAGGUUGCUUUUUCACUGUUUGAAUUGUGUCCUUGAAUGUACAAUUUUUAAGUCUGAUAAAGUCCCGUUUGUCUAUUGUGUUUUUGUUGUCUGUACUUUGGGGUCAUAUCCAAGAAAUCGUCAAGUUCAAGGUCAUGAAGCUUUUCCC